UGAGAGCAGGGUGAGUGUUCCUGCCUUCUUGCUGCUGCCUUCACAUCCACCACCUACAGCAGGGAAGAGGCUCCACCCCCGGCCGGCACAUAAAAGCAAAGGGCAAGUCACCCACAGCUGCUCAGAGCACUUUCUCCCUCACUGCCACACGCCACAGUGAUACCUUCCCUUCUGCCAAAGAGAAUUAAGCUUGAUCCCUUAUUAGAAGCGCCCAGUCUGCAGUCCAACCUGGUCUUCAAAAGUAACUAAGGAACAAUCAGCCCAAAAGUCACGAUAAGCUUCAAUUGGAAUGAUCUUGUGGAUGGACAGAAUGUCGAGCAGACAAUGAAAACCUGAGUGUUGAGAAAUCAAAGAUAAGGCAAUAAGAGAGCUUCCCUUCAAGCAAAAGAACAUUUCUCAGGUGGUGAUCCAAGAAGAAAGAACCCCUGUAUCUGACGGUUGUACAUGAAACCUCUCCAUCAACAGAACCUUCUUCCGCAGGUCCAGGCGUAAAUGCGUGUUCCUUUCCGGGUGCACCCUGGCUGACGUCACUAAGCUCCGCCUGACUCUAGACUUUCUCAAAGCCUUCUAAGCGACAGUGAUGUGCGGGGUUGAGAAAAAACAAUCUCCUCCCCUCUACAUAUAGACCCGUGCCAACCCGCUCCGCUGAUGACAUCAAAAAAGUGGCAGGGCGAGCACAAGUUUAUUAAAAAAGAGUUCCGGAAGCAAGAAGCUGGCAGUGUAAGGUCGUGAGUGGGGAAAGCAGGAAGAAGAACUCAACCCGAACCUGCCUGCAACCCACAAAGGUUGUGCUAAGGUCAGCCUGAACCUGCCCGGGUCUCACAGGUUUUGGGCUGCCCCGCAACAGUUGUAGAAGGUAAUGGCUCUCCCUGUAGGGUCUUUUCAGCAGCUUUUGGCACUAAUUGCCAUCCUUUCCAGGACACUGAGUCCUGCCUACGCCGGUGCCUACUAUGGAGCAAAGCAGAUGCCUCCACAGGUCCCACAAUAUCAAGCCAUGGCACAACAGAUGCCCCACAUGCCCCAUGGGAAGGAAGGCCCACCUUUGGGACCCAUGGGAAAUGAAAAAGCCUACAUGCCGUAUUAUGGAAAGGACAUCCCGUUGAUGCAAAUGCAUCCCAUGGAUCUGAUGCCAAGGAAAAAAGGGAAAGACUACCAAAUGCCUUCUCAGCGCGGGGAACCAGGUCCUGCUGGAGAACCAGGGAUAAGAGGACCACCUGGGCCCCCAGGGGUACCUGGACAAGGACUAUCAGGGCCAAAGGGACACCAAGGGCCCCCAGGCCUACCUGGAAAUCCAGGUAUAGGCAAACCCGGAAUGCCAGGGAUGCCUGGAAAGCCAGGCGGUAUUGGAAUGCCAGGCCCAAAAGGAGAUCUAGGGCCAAAGGGGGAGCUAGGACACAUUGGAUUGCCAGGGCAACCAGGACCAGCUGGGCCACCAGGUCGACCAGGUAUUGGAAAGCCAGGAGAGCAGGGCUUACCAGGACAUACAGGAUCAAAAGGCGAACCAGGAUUAAGAGGGCCACCAGGGAUCCCUGGAAUUAUGGGUCCAAAGGGAGAAAGGGGUACCGGUGUACCAGGACUACCUGGACUUAAGGGUCCCCCUGGGCCACAAGGGGCUCCAGGCCCAGCUGGCCUUCCUGGCAUUGGGAAACCUGGUAUGGGUGGUUUUCCAGGACCAAAAGGGCCACCAGGUCAUCCUGGGUUAAAAGGAGAACAUGGUCCAACAGGUCCUAUGGGGCCACCAGGCCUACAAGGUCCUCCCGGUAUUCCAGGUGUUGGUAAACCAGGUCCAAAUGGAUUUCCAGGAGAAAUUGGUUUACCAGGUGGCAAAGGUGACCAAGGAUUACCAGGUUUACCGGGAACACCUGGUAUGCCAGGAAUAGGUAAACCAGGUCUCACUGGCCCUAAAGGUGAACAUGGAUUUGGAGGUGCACCUGGUCCAAUAGGACCCACAGGUGAUAAAGGUCACAUAGGUGAACCUGGUGUAGGAGGACUACAAGGUGAGCCUGGGCCUGCAGGUCCACCUGGACCAGUAGGACCUCAGGGAGUUCCUGGAUUUCCUGGACCAAUUGGAGAGCCUGGCAAGGAGGGCCCCGAAGGACCACUAGGACCUAAAGGUGAACCAGGAUUGCAGGGAGUUCCAGGAACACAAGGUUUUCCUGGGGAAGUAGGGCCACCAGGUCUCAGGGGAUUGCCAGGACCAACAGGGCCAAAGGGAGAAGCAGGGCACAAGGGAUUAAUUGGUCCACCAGGUGCACCUGGGCUGCUAGGAUCCAAAGGAGAAGCUGGGAUGCCUGGUGAACUAGGAUUACAAGGUGCUCCUGGAAUACCUGGCCUUACAGGAUCCAGUGGACCAAUAGGUCCUCCUGGACUUCCAGGUCCAAAGGGAGAACAAGGUUUGACAGGUGCACCUGGUCUACCAGGUGUAGGCGUAACUGGACCAAUAGGACCCCAAGGCCCCUUAGGACCACCUGGAGCAACAGGUCCCUCAGGAGCACCUGGUUUGCCAGGACCUCCAGGACCACCGGGUGAACCUGGCCGUCCAGCAGAAAUUGCACCUACACCACCAGGUAUGGGACAGUAUUUGCCAAAUAUGGGAGCUGCCAUUGAUGGAGUAAAAACACCUUAUGAGUAUACAGGAAAAAAAGGAGGAAACAUUCAUGAAAUGCCAGCAUUCACUGCUGAACUGACCACUCCCUUUCCUUUGGUGGGAGAACCUAUAAAGUUUGAGAAGUUGUUAUACAACGGCAGAAAUGGAUACAAUCCCCAAACUGGCAUGUUCACUUGUGAAAUUCCAGGAAUAUAUUACUUUUCUUACCAUGUCCAUUGUAAAGGUGCCAAUGUUUGGGUUGCAUUGUUCAAGAAUAAUGAGCCAGUAAUGUACACGUAUGACGAAUACAAAAAGGGAUAUCUUGACCAAGCCUCCGGGAGUGCAGUGCUCCCUCUGAUGUAUGGAGAUCAAGUCUAUAUUCAGAUGCCUUCAGAUCAAGCAGCUGGAUUGUAUGCCGGUCAAUAUGUUCACUCUUCAUUCUCAGGAUAUUUAUUGUAUCCCAUGUGAGCGACAAUAACACACACAAAAAAGAUUAACAAAACAAAUGUUCAUUUUGCUUCUAAAUUGUAUGUAACUUUCAACUGCUUUAAACCAUGUGCUACCAGUAUUACAUAAAGCAGGACAUUAUCUGGCAGUUGGACCUUCUUUUAGCACAGUCACAUUUUUUUGGUUGUAUGCAGAGUAUGUACAAAUGGAGAGAAGUGUUUUUUACAUGAUAUUAAGAUCUUGCCCAGCCUGAUAUUCAUGUGUCUUGGCACGUGCUAGAAAUGAAAGUGCAUGUACAGUGCAAAGUCAUUCAGAACUCGACAUUGGUCCAACAAGGUAAAACAAAAAUUACAGAAACUGGCAAAAAACAAACCAAGGAUGUUGUGGCGAUAAUUCUUAUUCCAUCUUCUCCAAUGCUGAAACAACGACCUUUUUCAUAGAUGGUUCUCUACUACUAGUGACCCGAUCUUAAAAAGCCUUUGAUUAUGAACAAUAAUCUAAUUUAUUGAGGGUUUUUGCUAUGGGUGGAUGAUGCACUGAUCCUCAACUUUUUUUGGUAUUGGUAUUGAAAAAAAGAAAAAAUGGUGAGGGCAGAUAAUAUUGUAUCUAUAAAACAUUCCAUCGUGGGCACUGUUCAAUGGUCAGCAAUUGGAUUAGGCAUUCUCCAUAGACAACAUAUUUUUUUUGACUACUAGUGGUGUGGUUCUUUGGUUAUCUAUGGAGAAUUCCACUGGUGAAUCCCAUAAAACUGAAAAGGAGCUGUUCUCUGCACAAAUGUAUGUAUAUGUCAUCAUACUUUGAUGAACCACUUCUUACAUGGCAUACGACCCCUUACAUGAGACAAAAUGAUCAUACAUUUAAAAUAUGCAAAUUCUACUAUUUUAUCACAACUGAUGAGCAUAUAUCACACAAACACAAGGCUUAGACAAUUGUUGGUGACAAACUACAAGUGCAAUACACUAGAUUUCUACCAAAUAUUGUCUUACUGUGCAUUUUAUUCCAACGAUGGUUGGACAACAAAACCACAAUAAACAGAUUUGAGAUGA